AUGGGCUUACAUGACACCAAGGAUUCAGACAAAGCCAGGAUCAGGGUGCAUGUUGCAGAGGGCAGACAGACACCGGUGGGGGCCACCGCCAUCGUGCACGCCCCCGACAGGGAGCGGCAGACAGAGCCGUGCACACGCAGCACCCUGCUCGAUCACAGCCGGCGCCACCGGACGGCGUUCACACGUGAGCAGCUGUCCCGGCUGGAGCAGGAGUACGGGAAGGAGAGCUAUGUGUCCAGGCCUCGGCGCUGUGAGCUCGCCACUGCUCUCAACCUACCAGAGACAACCAUCAAGGUUUGGUUUCAGAACAGGAGGAUGAAGGACAAACGGCAGAGGCACGCUCUGCCGUGGCCCCACCCCCUCGUUGACCCCCUGGGGGCGCUGCUGAUGAGCCGUUCCUCACCCACCUCUGCCCUGCCUUACCCCUUCCUCCCACCCCAUCUCCCUCACCUUCCGCUCCACCAUCAUUAUCCUCUGUCUCUCUCCUCGCCCACAUCCUCGCCUCACGGUCGCUACAGCGCCCCUAUGAGGACCCUGGACGCUCUCCGCCUCUCCCAGUACCACCACAGAGCGGGGGGGCUCCCUCCACCCACAGCGGGCCCUUACUCCACCAGCAGCUUAGUGCCUCACCCAGCCUCGUGCCCCUGCCCGCUCUGCCUACACUGGGGAUCAGAUCAGCUGCUCAAAGCUAGAGGGGAGGGGCUUCUGAGCCAAGACCACAGCCCCAAGACCAGGAGCCAGCCCGCCGGCGUGGAGCGGAGGGAGGAGGUGGUGUAA